AUGGCCUGUAUCUUUGGUCCUGGUGGAUCCUCGCCUGACACGAUGAGCCCAAGGAUGCCGGCUGCCACGCCCCCAGAUCUCAUAUUCAGCGACGGCGAUGAAGGAGGGCAGCCGUCGACGAUGAGGCACUCACAGCUCUCUACCUUCGAACGCGUUCUCUCGACCCAUCCGCCUAUCCUCGAAUCGUUCCUCCUACAGACCCCAACCGAAUCUAUCCUACAGCUCUACCACACUUCCUCAUACCUCCGAUCUUUCCUCAAAUCAUACCCGACAGCAUGGCAGUAUCUCUCAUUCCGACUUCUCUUGCCUUCCAGCACGCAGGUUCGCCCGCUAGUUGGAGCUACAGACUCGCAGGGAAACCAGCGCCAGUCCCGGCCCUACGCACUCGACCAACUACUUCUUCACGUCAUCGUACCCUUCAGCCCGUCUCUCCGCAGUCUAGACCUGGAUAAUACCGCCGUAUCCGGCCAAAAUCUCAUUUCGAUCGUCCUCAGCGCACGUAGGGAUACGCUUGAGCAUAUCUCUGUUCGGGGCUGCAAAAACGUGUCUCUCAAAUAUCACAUCAUUCCCUACUUAACCAUGUUUGGGCUCCAGUAUGAUGCAGACACCACAAACCCACUCGGCCCUUCGUCGAAAGUGAAACGUCUUGCUAUCAAAAGUCUUUACACCUACCGUUGCCGCCACCACAGGAGACGCCCAUACUUGACCUCGUCCCUGCUUAGAAGAGACUCCGACUCCGAACCAACCCAUGAACUCGUCAAUCUUUGCCAUAAACUCGGUAUAUGGACUGAUACUGCUUGGUGUACCACUCCCGCUGGACGUUGUUUUCGAAGGCGAGGCUAUGUGGCUAUGAGGGUGCCACAAGGCAGCCCUGAGGUUUGGGUUGUAUUUGACCGGUUAUGGAGGUCAAAGAACUGGAUUGGCGCAUCCGGAGACAGUAGUGAACCUCCAAAACGAGACGGCCGACUAUGGGAGCAUGACGAAACUGGCCAUUCCGGCGAGCCACUAGGGACUGUUGGUGCCCAGAAAUACGGAGAGGGAAAGACAGUCCCAACCCACCUUCGCAGUAGUCAUAAACGAUUCGUGGACGACAUAAAAUGCGAUUCUUGUCUCGAAAAAAUACAUGAGAGAUGUGAGCAAUGCAGCGUCUUGAUGCACUGUGUUGGAUGCCGGAAAACUCUCUGUUACAGCUGUGCAUACGAUACUCCCUACCCGCGAAGAAAGUCAGUACCUGUUGGUGAAUCAGCUGGGGAGGCAUUUUGGUGGGCUCCAGGAGCAACCAUAUCUCCCUGUGCGAUGCAGGAGCCUUUCCAACAAGCCAUUGGUCCUAAUGCGGCUAACAAUCAGAAUGGAAUGGCGAACUCGCCCGUCUACCCAAACCUAAAGCUCCAUUGGUGCUGCACUGAGCCCAUGUUCACUGGUGGUGGCGGAAUAACACUUGGAGUUGCCGGUCGUGAGGUUGAUAGGGUACGAGCUGCUCCGCUUCCGCGUGGGCAAGGAUGGGAAGACCCCGAGUACUCAUCGAACGAAUGGAGCAAGAAUUUUCCAAAGUACGCAUACGGAGACCCGAAGAAACCCGACUACACUCUUGCCGAAGGCCACACUGAAAUGAUGCGCUGGCUCUUAGGCCCAUCAAGCUGUCAAGUUUCAAGUUGCCCUCGCAAUUUGUGUCAGGACUGUUUUGAUUCGCCCCAAUGGAAAGUUCAUUGCAAGAGUUGCUCAAAGCCCUUAUGCAUGGAGCAUGAUUUACGGGGGUUACGUCUUCGAAUAUGUGGCUAUCGAGACCUUCUACUUGAAAAACUUGCCAUUGGGGAUGGUCGGACGCCUGCCUCGUCUGCUGCUUCGGCAACUUCUCCUGCCAGGCCUGCCUUGUCAACCUCGGCCUCGUAUGCGCCUCUGAGACUUGCUCCCCCUGAACAGAGCCAUGGUGGUGCUUCAAGUAGCAACAACCCUCUACCAAAUGAAACAAACUCUUCAAUUCCAGCGACAGCAGCCAUGAAAGCCACGGAUAAUCAAAAUGCGGACCCAGCUUCCUCAUCGACAUCUAACAACCAUACCCGUUCUUCCACACCCGCCUCUGUUUACUUUGAAGCAGCACCACAGUCGCGUAAAUGGCUUGGCUGCCAGUCGUUCUUCUGCCCUCAAUUCCGGGCUGCCGGAGAUCACCGCCAGCGUUGUACAAGCGUCCUGAGCGAAUGUACUUCCUGCUCUGUCCACGUUUGCCAAGAUUGCGUCGACGAGAAUCCACCGUGUACCUGCUCGUAUUGUGAUUUGAACUAUCUCUGUCCGAACUGUUAUGUGACCAAGGAGCAAGACGGCACAUGUCGUCGACUUGAAGAGGAGCGAGCAAGGCGAGAUGAGAAACAGAAACGCGACCUGGAGAUGUUUGAAGUUGCUCUCGAACGCAACCUUGCAAACGAAGUUGCUGGAUAUGCUGGGCAGUUCUUCAGCCAAUUAUACCACACCGGGGAGCCUGUUCACAUGUCUGAACAACCGACGGAGGCCGUUGAUGAAGCGCCCCCUUCCUUGACUCAGCUAGACGGGGCCACCAAUAGUCACCCUCCAGCCCAUGCAGGCGCUUCCGAGCAUGCUGCCACUUAUGAUGAUGAUGACAACGGUCCGGCAGGCAGCGGGUCAGAACAUACUGAAAUCCUGGGUGACGAUGCUUAA